UGCUUUGCUACUACUAGUUUAUUUUAUAAAUUGUUAGUAAUUGGUUUAUUAAACAAUUACCUAAAAAAGCACUAGUCAGUAGACAGUGUUACAGUUAACUGACUAAAUAAAGUGUCUUGUAAAUUAUAAAUUGAAAAAGUGACUGAUAGAGACAAGUAUUACAUCCUGCUUGCACAGUGAAUAAGAUGUUAUAUUCAUAAGUUAAGAGUGAAAAUUAACCAAACACUGUGAUUUUAAAUUAUCAGUUAUUAACCUAUGCAGUGGAUAGAUGGCAAAAAUGAGUCCAGGAAGACAAGAAAACCAGUACAGAAAUAAGGUUAUGUUGGCACCAAUGGUGAGAGUUGGCACACUGCCAUCAAGACUCUUAGCCUUGGACUAUGGUGCUGACUUAGUGUAUACAGAGGUAUGAAUACCAACAUUUCUUGAUCUAUCUUAUAAGUCUUUGGAAUAAUUGGCUAACGGAUUGUCUAGAGACAGUUGUCUACAGUUGUCCCACGGGAUCUUAAUGUUUGUUUGACCCACAGGAUCUUAGAGUGUCAAACUCAGGUGGUUUACAGGCAGCUAUCACACUGUGAGUGUGAAUUCAUUUAAUUCACCGUUUUUUAUGUUAUUGAAAUGGAAGAUAGCUUAUUAAUUUUCAAUAUGUUGUACAUUUCCUGACAUAUUUAAAUAUUUGUACAUUAUUGCUUUUCAGGAAAUAAUUGACAGAAAAAUACUCUUGUGUCAAAAAUAUGAAAAUGGUAAGAUUCCAAUGAUUAAUAAUUAUUAACAUAUGAUUCUAUCAAUCAAUAUAAUUCUCUAGUUAUGUAUGGUAUAAUUGUGACUUCAAUAGUGGGCUAGAUAAAAUUCAUGACAACAGCCCUAAUUGAGAUCCUUCAAAAUACCACAAGGGCGUUUGGUGCAUAAUAAUUUAUUUUGUUUUAAGUUUUACCGAAAUAGUCAUUGUUUAAAUGUGGUGUAAUAAAUAUUUGGUGUAAAAGGGGUUGGGACAUUAGAAUAUUAAUAUAUUUAUUUAGGCAUUUUUAUAUAGCGCUUACCUUAAAGCUCUAAGCGCUUUACAAUUAUUAAAAACAUGUAAACUAACUAAAAUAAAAAUGAGACAUUAGGAUAGUAACUACUAUGAUAUACUUCAUGGGCUUUGCAGUAAUAGGGUUGUGGGGUCGUGUGUAGCAAUAACUGAGGUUCUUAUAAAGUGAGUUACUUGAAUGCAUGUUUGUCAAGUUAAUUUAAUAGAUGAGAAGUUAACACACUGCCGUCACCACUGUUGGGAGGGAUGUAACCAGCUCCCCUUCCAUAUCCGUCAUUGUGAAACCUCGUCCACUUUUAAAAAGUCCCUUAAAACCCAUCUGUUUAGGUCCGCCUAUGACCUGUGAUGCACCCUCCUUGCCCUGCCUCAUUUUCUGUCUCGGGUUAAUCCUGUAAUAAAGGCCAAAACGUGCCAAAGUGUCCUCGUUUUAUAGCCAUUUUAAUUGUUUCUAUAGUAUAGUAGUUACUAUCGUAAUGUCUCAUUUUUAUUUUAGUUAGUUUACAUGUUUUUAAUAAUUGUAAAGCGCUUAGAGCUUUAAGGUAAGCGCUAUAUAAAAAUGCCUAAAUAAAUAAAUGAUAAAUAAUAAUGCAUGACAAUAUUUUUUGGCUGGAUACUGUAAUUUUGAACAUGUAUCCUAUGAAUUGUAUUAAAAUGUUUUCAAAAUGUAUAUUCAACAGUGUGACUAUAUGUCAAUAUCAUAAAUACAAUAAUUCAUCUUAAUUUUCUUCAUUGUGGACAAGUGAACCUUUUAUUGUUGUGUGUGAUGCAACAUUAGCAAAAAUUAAACAGCUCUGUGAAUCUUAUUAAUUAAAUUUCAAUGUAAUGCUUCCAUCCUUUGACAGUCAUACUCGGUACAACUGAUUACACAAUGUCAGAUGGCACGGUCGUCUUUCGCACAUGCCAGAGGGAAAAGAGCAAGCUGAUUUUCCAGAUUGUAAGAAUAUUACCAUAGAAUAAGAUAACAAAUAAAUAUUGAGUGUCUCUGAGUUGUACCAUGGGUGCUUUUGUAAGGAGAAAUAUUUUAAAUAACCCUUUCGCCUGUAUUUUCUGUUGUUUAUGAUCUAUCUUUAAGUUUGGGAUUAAAUUGCUGUAAACUGCAAGCAUUGAUUUAAAAUCUUCAGCACUGUGAGGUACAUAACAUUAAAAAUAGAAAAUAAAAGAAAUUUUAUUUCCAUAAAAUGUAUGUUUGUAUGAGUCAUAGUUUUAAAAAAGUAUUUCUUUUGUAGGGAACAUGUGAUGCAAAACGGGCUCUUGCGGCAGCUAAGAAGAUGUAAGUGGAUUUUAUUUGAAAUAAUUUCUGAGUAUCUGUUUACAAAUGCAAUUAUAUACAACACACUUUCUAUAACUUUAAAGCCAUGACAAAUAUCUAAUGAUGCAAUGAGACUCUCCCCACUAAAUGAAUGGGUUGUGUUCCGAACAAAUUUCACUUUGAGGACAGGUUAUUUCGUAUCUAUGAAAUUUUGUAAAAUGAAAGUUCGUAAAGCGGGAAGCGUCUGUAUUUAGAUUACUUAUAACAGAUGAGGUAGAGAUUAAGUAUUGUAUAAAUAAAAACUCCCAAAAACAAUUUUUCUUACAUAUUUUUUCUUUAAGAAUUUGAUUAUUGAUAUUAUAUAUUUAUAUCAUAUCAUUAUUUUAUUUUGCCAGACAGCACCUUGUUGCUGGGGUGGAUGUCAACAUGGGAUGCCCUAAAGAGUUUUCUAUCAAGGUCUGUACUCUUUUUAUUCAACCUAAGUUAUUUAGUUAACUCUACAGUAACAUUCUUUAUUUUCAGCUUUAAUUUUGAACUUGGAAACAUAAAUUUAGUGUAAAAUAAUAGCUAAAUAAUGAACCAGGCAUUUUCUGAUAGAGUCAGCUGUGGUCAGAAUAAUAUAUUUGACUUAGACAUUACAAGAGCCCUCGCAUGACUUUUGGAGGACCCUUGCCAUUUAAUGAUUUUAGGGGCCUAUGGCUCUGGAUAUUUCUAUGCUAAAAACAUAACCAUGACAAAUGAUCCAAAUUUCCAUAGUGGGUUCUAGGAGAGGUAGGGGCACUACACUGUCCAUUAAGCAGACCGUGGAUUUAAUAAAAUUUCAAAGUAGUGUACUCGCUGCAAAAUCCUUAUCAAAAUGUUUUUUUAUUUUAUCUCUGCCCUCCAGUUUUCUGAUUUAAAGCUUGUUAACUCUUUUUUUUUUUAACAGGGUGGCAUGGGAGCAGCACUUCUGACCCAACAUGAGAAAGUGAAAAAUGUAAGCUUAUUUUAAUGUCAGAACAUCUCCACUUAUAGUUGUGCCGUAUAACAUAUUCUGCUGUAACAAUGACUUGCAAUUAUUUAUAAGUGUUCUUAAAAUUCAAUUUCCCUUUCAUGCACAUCAUUCACCAUAGCGUAAGUGCACAUGCUAUUUAUAAAAUUAGUGUUUUUUAAUUAAUGUAUUAGAUUCACUUGCAACAUUUUUUUGUUGUUAACAGAUUUUAACCACGUUGGUCAGUGAGCUGGACGUACCCGUAACAUGUAAGAUACGUGUUUUGCCCAGUGUAAGUUAUCGGCUUGUUUUCUGUAAAAAAAAUAAUUCAAGUGUAAAGACAACAAAAAGUUUGAGAAGAUGGGUAAAAUUCAUGAUGAGUUGCUUCAGGGUAUGAGAAUUGUGUUGGUACUUUAAAUCGUCACUGAUCAGAUCUGGUGAAGAGGUCGGUGCUAAUUCACCCAUUCUGUUUCAUUGUGCCAAUUCUAUCUUGAAAUUUAUACACAAACCUAUAUCUCUAUCCAGGUGCAAGACACAGUAGAAUUAGCCAAACUGAUUGAGUCAACCGGUGUCUCUGCCAUUGGAGUUCACGGCAGAACCAAAUCGGAGCGGUCCCAAGACCCUAAUCGAGAUGAUUACAUCAGAGCUGUGGCAGAAGCUGUCAGAGUGCCAGUCAUUGCAAAGUAAAGGAAGCCAGAUGAUAUUGCAAGAUUUAAGUUAUUGAUUGUUGAGAUUGUUUCAAUCAUUUAACGGCAAAAUUUAAUAACAACAAAUAGCACAACCAUGUUACUUGGUGCUGUCUAAUUAAAUAUCUCUCGGCAUUGUCCUGACAACUUUUUUGUCAAACUCUGUCCCCAUUCCCAACUGCUUCUGUAUGAAGAAAAUAAUGGUCAUCUAUGAAUACGUGUUCUGACACACCUAUUUACAAAUACAAUUACCCAACAUAUCUUCCUUUUGACUACUGGGACCUUGUUGCCGCUGGCCCAUGUACGCGUUUGAGAUGCGUGAGUUUCAGUAUUGUAAAUUUAAGCACGUACUGUGUAUGUGUUUCUAUUUCUUUGUUUCAAGCAACUCUUCAGUUACCAAUGGGAAUGCUUUUGUAAAAUCUAUAUUAAAACAUUUAUGUGAAUUUUAAAUAGAAAUUUGUUAAAGGAAGCAAUAUUUGUUAGUGUGGUUAUGUCAUAUUAAAUUUUCCCUUCCCAGUGGAGGCUCCAAAGAUAUCAAACAUAUGUUGGAUGUUGAAAAGUUUAAAGAACGUACCGGUGCCAGUUCUGUGAUGCUAGCUCGUUCAGCAAUGUGGAACUCUUCAGUUUUUAGGAAAGAGGGGCCACUACCAACAUUAGAAGUCCUAAAGAGUUAUCUCAGAUAUGUAAGUGAUUGACAGUGCAGUGUGUAAUGCUCUAAAAUGUCUAAUGAAAAUCUAGCUUGAACAAACAGUGUUGUAUAUUAAAUUAAUGAAGCUUAAAUAAUUCAACGAAACAAUACAAAUUAUUAAUAUUAUAAAUGUAUUUGCUACUUUUAUUAAAAGUGGACCAUGCAGAUGACCUCUUUUUUUUUUAUAUGAACUAAAGGCAUUUUUUUAUGACAACAAUGAGAUGAACACAAAGUAUUCCGUGUUACAAAUUCUACAUGACAAGAUGACAGAGAUCCCAGAGGCUGAACAAAGUCUGUCUGCGAAGUCCUUACAAGAUUUAGCGUAAGUGUGAAUACAGAUGUUGUGUGGAUUUAGCAGAUGUUACAUAGAAUGCAGAUGUUGUAUAGAUUAGGGUAGGUUUUAAGAUGUUGUUUGGAAUAGAGUAGGUUUGAAUAGAAAUGUUGCAUAGACUUUUGCAAGGCUGUUAUGAUGAUAAAUGACAGACUUGCUCACAAUAGAUCUGCUCACAGAGAUGCUCAGUAUAAUCACAGGCGUGCUCAAGGGCAGACAUCUUGUAGGAGUAUGGGUAUUUUCGGGGUUAAGCUGUCUAGUAUUUCUACUCAUGUACUGCUGUUUUUUUUGACAUGAUCAAGGUCACAUAAUAAUAUAUAGACUGAAGAUUUGGAGUCAAAAAAAUAGUUUUAUUAGUAUCCCAAGGUCUUUGCCAAAUUUGUCACUUUGAUCAUUAUUACAGUAAAUUAUUCUUUUUUUAUCAGUCUUUAACUCAUUUAGUACAUCCCGUACUUAAAUAAAGUUUAAGUUUCGACAUAUUAUUUACUCACCCUGCUCUUCUUUUGACAUUUAAUCUAGUAAUAUAUGGGGCAUGCAAGAAGAGUAUGCGCAUGUUUUGGAGAAACGACAAGAAAAGGAAAAACACCUGGCUGAUUUAGCAGGAGGGGACUGUAGGGGCGUCAAAAGGAGAAAAACAGAAAGUGGAUAUGACUUGAUUGAGUUACCUGUUAGGUUUGACAAGUAAGUUGGAAUUAGUUUUAAACUCAUAAUAAUCGGCAUCCUUCCGUCUCGUGAGACGAUGGUGCAUCACCGUUGGGUCAUACAUAUUGUAAAAAUUCAAGUAUGAUAUUAAUGAUUCACAUAUAUUUACCGUACACUUAAAACUUUUUGCCUAUGAUUCUACAAUUAUUUUUUAAAUUUAUUUUGCAACUUAAAGGGGAAUAAUUUUUAAAAUAUUCUGAAUUAUUGACCAUGAUUUAUUUUAUAUUUCUUUUAAGUUAACAAAUUUAACCUAAUUUCUUCCAAGUUAAAGAUUUUAUUGAUGUCUAAAGAUUCACACAAAAAAAGGCGCAAAGGGCUAGAAAACAAAUGUAGAUCGUGAAACUAAUUCAUUAAAUUUAAUAGCAAGAGAAAGUGCUUAAUUUUAUUUGUUUGAGAGUCACUGACUUUAAAAAAAAUUCCUUGUCGGAUUCAAUACAUUUAUUCAUUACAUUUUUUUGUUAAAAUAUAUUUUAAUAUCCUUCAUGAAUUUUAACAAUACUUCAUUGUUGCCUUCCUCCUGCACUGUUCAAUGGAAAUGUUAGCAAUAUUUAGGGAAUCUAUUUAUGUUUUCCUUGAUCUUGUACGGUGUCGAACAUUGUGACUUUCAUGAUGCCAUAUGUGCUAAAAGAAGAGGAACUCAUUUAUCUCUGGUACCGGGUACUUAACUUGUGAGUUUCAUGUUGCCAUGUGUUUCAUGUGUGAUGAAAUCAUAUAUUUCUGACACUAAACUUGAGUUUGUGAUAACUUUCAGGCGGAAUUACCCUACCACCAUGACACCAAAACAGAUUCUCAAUAAUCACUGCAAGAAAUCCCUAAAAGAAAAGCCAGUUUAUGAUACUGUAAGUUUAUUAAAUUUGUUUUAGAUUUUUAAAUUAUUUGUUAAGGUAACAUGAAGAAAGUGAAGUUUUUUUUAUUUUGGUUUCCUUGAGAUGCUAUCAGUGAAUAUGUAAUUGAUUUUUAAGAGGUUAUUAUUGUUUUUUUUUGCUGGUUCUUUUCUUUUCAGACUGAGAGAUCGGAGGACAGAUGUUUCCGUAGCACUGUCCUGGUGGAUGGAAAGUUUUACACCAAUCCUUACUGGUAAUAACAAUUUUUUUAUAAUUAGAAAAAUUGUAAGUAGAUAUCUAUAGUAUAAUAAGUGUAUAGGCUUCUGGUCUAAAAGAUGAAAAUGUGGACACUAUUUUUUUUAAAUUCUUAAUUUUAAUUUUAAAAAUUUAAAUUGACUAAAAAUUUACAUAACAUAAAUAUAAAUUUAUUUUUUAAAUUUUUUAAUGAAUAAAAAUAUUUUUUUUACAUUAACAUAAUUUGUGUAAAGUAGUUUCUCAUUAAUGUAGCUAUAUAAUGUAAUACAAAAUUACAAGUUAACCUUAUUUAUGCAGAACAAUAGGUUUUAAAUAUUAAUUAGGAACAUUAGUUGAAACUUAUAGAAAAGCAAACCUCGUGAGCACAUCUGGGGACAUGAAUGAAUCAUAGAAAUUAAUGCAAACCUUGUGAGCACGUCUGGGGACAUGACUGAAUCAUAGAAAUUAAUGCAAAACUUGUGAGCACAUCUGGGGAUAUGACUGAAUCAUAGAAAUUAAUGCAAAACUUGUGAGCACAUCUGGGGACAUGACUGAAUCAUAGAAAUUAAUGCAAACCUUGUGAGCACAUCUGGGGACAUAACUGAAUCAUGGAUAUUAACAUGACAGAAAAUGUAUAGAAUUUUGAAAUUACUUGUUGCCAACAAUGAGCUAGAUAUUUAAUUAGAAUUGAAUUAUUAUUUUUUUUAUUUAUCACCUUUUAGGGAAAGAGCAAAGCAAUUAGCGGAACAGAGUGCAGCUAUUUGUUAUUUAGUCGCUAAUGGUCAAGAUGAUGGAAGGAUCUGUGAACCUCAAAAUGAAACCGAAGAGCUCCGCAGGAAGUGGAGGGACCUGGUAAAUUCUGAUGCAGUCAUAGAAAAUGGGACGAGAUUGUUAAAGUCAGGUUUCUGUCAGGAUGAGUGCAAGCAGGUUAAACUGGAGGACAUCAAAGAAAAGUGCGAGACGUUUAGUGACAGUUGUGAGUUGGCAAUUAGUGGGACAGACACUUGUGUGCUUAUGGAAGGCAGCAAAGAAAAUUGUGAAACAAAUGGGAGCAAGUGUGAACAGAAAAUUGUUGACACAAUUAAAAGAUGAUGUUAGUUUAUGUUUUAGGGACCACUUGUUCAUUUUUUAAAAAAAAAAUCUUUUAAAGAAAGAAUUGUCUGGCCGCUGGAUGAAUCCUUCUAUUCCUGAGUAAUGAUAAAGUUGUUCAAAUAAUCUGGAUUAUUGCAACAGUGGAUUCUUACAAAAUUGUGCAGACUUUCUGUAGGCCUUAAAUUUAAAUCAACUUUAAACUUUUUUUUUCUUGCUAAGAUCUUUGAUGUAUAAAAAAACUAGCCAAGCAAGUUUAAUUAUUAUUCUUUAGAUGCUUGUCUGGAAAAGAGAUGUUUAGAAUGCAUUCAUAAUUGUUUCAUUUAUGUCAGAUGAACUUUAUUGUUCCAGUAGCUUAAAAUCAAGAGAAUGGCAUUGUGCAAUGUUGGGACAUUUUUUAGAGAAUGGCAUUGUGCAAUGUUGGGACAUUUUUUUUAGUAAUUUGUUGUUGUUUUUUUUAAAUAAAUGUCAUCUAUGUGAUGAUUCAUUAAGAUGGAUUUAUGCAUGAUUUUGUUAAGAAAGUAAAUUCAUGUAUGAAGUUUAGGGUUUGUAUGGUGUGAAAAUUUUUAAGUUAUAAAAGAAUUAACUGAUAAUAGUAAAUAAAUUAUAUUUUGAAAUAAAUUUUAAUUUUCUAUAUAUAUUUUUUUUUAAAAAUGAGUCUUAAUUGUUGUGAAUGGUCUUAAUUGUUUUGAAUGUUGUUGACAUUUUUUUGGUCUGCAAAUAAAUUUCAAAAUAAUGUUUUGUUGUAAAAAAUUACCUAUGCCAUUAU